GCUAGAUUCGCAAAUAAAAAAUUAUAAAUUAACAAAUAAUUAAAUAAAUAUUUCUAAAAGAGAAAAAUACUUUUAAAAAUGGAAUAACCUUCUAUUUGUGCCAAAUGUAAUGAACAAAUUAAUGAUGCAAAAUGUGUCAUUGUUGGAGAAAAGUUUUACCAUGAAAAUCAUUUUACUUGUUCUUCUUGCUAAGCUGAUUUAAGUACUUAAUAGUAUCAUUAAGAAAAUGAUGAUUAUUAUUGUAUUGAAUGCUAUUCUUAAAAUAUUGCACCAAAAUGUGCAGCUUGUGGAUUAGCAAUCAUUGAAAAUAUUGUUUAGCUUGCUGAUGGUGUAGAAUUACAUAAAGAAUGCUUUGUAUGUUUUAGAUGCAAGAAAUAACUUACUGCAGAAUAUGUUCAAGAUGAAGAUAAGCACAUAGUUUGCAAUGAAUGCCUUGAAUAAAGCGUUGAUAAAUGCGAUUCUUGUUAGUAGGCAAUUUUAGAUUGUAAAAUUUCUACUGGAGGAAAGGUAUACCACUAAUCCUGCUUUAAGUGCAAUAAAUGUGAUUUAGUCAUUGAAUAAGAAAAUCACUUAGAAUAGGAUGGAUAAAUUUUCCAUGCAAGAUGUUUGAACUUAUAAUGUUCUUAUUGCAAUGAAAUUAUUCUAUCAGGAUAUUACAAAUACAAAGAUAUGCUCUACCAUAUUGAAUGCUAUGAAAAAGAAAAAUAAGAAUUAUAAAGAGAACAAGAGCAAAUUAACAAUAAUACAGAAUAGCUAUUAGCUGAUGUAAGAGAAGAAGUAGAAAAGGAAGAACAAAAAUUAAAAGAAGAAGAAGAAGAGCAAUAAAGAAAAAAACAACAUGAAGAAGAGGAAGAAAGAAAAAAAGAAUUGGAAAGAAAUAAUUAGUUAGAGUUGGAAAAGCUAAAACAAAUGGAAAAAGACACAUAAAAAACUCAAUAAUUAAAAACUCAAUAAUUAGCUUAAAAGUAGAAAAUUUAAGAUUAGCAAAAUGAAGAUUAAGGAAAAUAAAAGCUAUCUGAUAAAAUAAAAUAAUUUGAAACCAAUAAUUCUUAAAAUAAGGAAAUACAAGUUAAGUAAAAUGACAACAAUGCAAGCUUGAAGGUAGAAGAACCUAAAAAAGAAACUAUCCCUAAUACUUCAAGCAGCAAUUAAAGUGAACCAAUUUCCUAUAAAGUAAUACCUUAUAGUGUUUUAACUUCUAAUCCUCCUUCAGAUGUUGACUUUACUAAGAAAGAGGUUUAUCUUUCUGAUCAAGAAUUCCAUAAGAUAUUCUAAAUGAAUAAACAAGAGUUUGCAGCUCUUAAAGCUUGGCGUUAGAAAGAACUCAAAUAAAAACAUAAACUGUUUUGA